CAAAACACGGAAGAGGCAUCCGAGAGGAUUCGAAAUUUCAGAUCGAGUUAUACCCAACUGUUUGAAACUGGCAGAAGAUAUUAUGUUUGAAAUUAAGAAGAUCUGCUGCAUUGGCGCUGGGUAUGUCGGUGGGCCAACAUGCAGUAUCAUUGCCUACAUGUGUCCCGAGAUUCGUGUCUCAGUUGUAGACAUGAAUCACGAAAGAAUAGAGGCCUGGAACUCAAACUCACUUCCAAUCUAUGAGCCUGGUUUGAAGGAAGUGGUAGAGUCAUGCAGAGGAAAGAACCUUUUUUUCCUGACUGACAUCGAUGCUGCAAUUCAAGAAGCUGAUCUUAUAUUUAUUUCGGUGAAUACACCCACCAAAACGUAUGGAAUGGGUAAAGGUCGAGCUGCAGACCUGAGAUACAUCGAAUCCUGUGCUCGGAGAAUAGUGGCAGUGUCAAAUGGACGCAAAAUAGUCACAGAGAAGAGCACUGUGCCUGUGCGAGCUGCUGAGAGCAUUCGCAGGAUUUUCCAUUCAAACACAAAGCCAAACUUAUCCCUGCAGGUGCUGUCAAACCCAGAAUUCCUGGCUGAAGGGACAGCUGUUAAUGAUCUGAAGAAUCCAGAUCGAGUGUUGAUUGGUGGAGAUGAAACACCAGAGGGUCAGGAGGCAAUUCGGGCACUCUGUGCUGUGUAUGAACGUUGGGUACCAAAAGACAGAAUCAUCACUACCAACACAUGGUCAUCAGAGCUUUCCAAACUGGCUGCCAAUGCAUUUCUUGCUCAGCGAAUCAGCAGUAUUAACUCAGUCAGUGCUUUGUGUGAAGCAACUGGUGCUGAUGUUGAGGAGGUAGCACGUGCUAUUGGCAUGGACCAGAGAAUUGGAAGCAAAUUUCUCAAAGCCAGUAUUGGAUUUGGAGGAAGUUGUUUCCAGAAAGAUGUUCUGAAUCUUGUGUAUUUGUGUGAAGCAUUAAAUUUGCCAGACGUGGCUCAAUACUGGCAGCAGGUGAUUGACAUGAAUGAUUACCAGCGGAGGAGGUUUGCUUCCCGCAUUAUUGGCUGUCUCUUCAAUACUGUGACAGGGAAAAAAAUCGCUCUAUUAGGGUUUGCUUUCAAAAAAGAUACGGGAGACACCCGAGAAUCUUCCAGUAUCUACAUCAGCAAAUACCUACUGGAUGAAGGUGCAAAUCUUCAUAUCUAUGAUCCCAAAGUUCCUAAAGAACAGAUUAUCAAGGAUCUGUCACAUCCCAGCAUCACUCAGGACGCUUCAGAUGAAGUGCCUUCCUUAGUCACUAUCUGCACUGAUGCAUACCAAGCCUGUGAGGGAGCUCAUGCCAUUGUCAUCUGCACUGAAUGGGAUGAGUUCAAGGUGCUAGAUUAUGAACGUAUUCAUAAGAAAAUGCUAAAACCGGCAUUCAUCUUUGAUGGCAGACGUGUUCUCGAUGAUUUGCAUUCCAAACUUCAGAGGUUGGGAUUCCAGGUUGAGACUAUCGGCAAGAAGGUAACCCAACAGAGGAUUCCUUUUACACCCACAGCUGAAGUCUCCAAAUUCAGUUUACAAGAUCCUCCAUUUAAGAAAGUCACAGCAUAGAUAUUUGGAUAAAUAUUAUGUCCAUCAAAUAAUGAAUGUGUAAUUUUAAUGGGGGCUUUGAAAUGAAGAAAAUAUUGAUCAAUUUUGAGACUAUCUAAUUUUCCACUGAUUGUAAUCGGUAAUAUUUUCUUUCAGAGUCGAGAGUGUAAUGCUGGAAAAG